AUGAUUCGUGGAGGACAACGUUUAAUUCGAUUUCUCCCUACCUACCGCACUACCCAAAUUAAUAGAAUUUCAACAAUGACUAGAAAGGAUGAAUUAGUUACAAAUUAUGAAUCAAUUCUCGCUCAAAUAAGAGAUGCAGAGGCUAAAUAUGGUAUUAAUAAUAAGGAUCAAGUUAUGCUAUUGGCUGUAUCAAAAUUAAAGCCUGCGUCCGAUGUACAAUUAUUAUACGAUCAUGGUAUAAGACAUUUUGGGGAAAAUUAUGUUCAAGAACUAAUUGAAAAAUCAAUUGCCUUGCCAAAAGAUAUUAACUGGCAUUUCAUCGGUGGCCUUCAAUCUAAUAAAUGUAAAGAUUUGGCAAAAAUCCCAAAUUUAUACGCUGUAGAAACUGUGGAUUCAUUGAAAAAGGCAAAUAAACUAAAUGAAGCUCGUUCAAAAUAUAAUCCUGAUUCCCCACCGAUAAAUUGUUUCAUUCAAAUUAAUACGUCUAAUGAAGAACAAAAAUCUGGUCUGUCUGAUGAAUCUGAAAUUUUUGAGAUCAUAGAGUUCUUCUUUAAUUCAAAUACUAAAAAUAUUAAUUUAAUAGGUUUAAUGACAAUUGGUUCCUGGGAAACUUCACACAACAACGAUCCAGAUUAUAUUAACUUAGAUUUCGAAAAUUUAGUCAAUUGGAAGUCAAAGAUUGAUUCAAAAUAUAAUACAAAUCUAAAAUUAUCAAUGGGUAUGUCUGCAGAUUUUAAACAAGCUAUUAAACAAGGUACCUCAGAAGUAAGAGUAGGAACUGACAUCUUUGGUGUAAGACCUGCAAAACAUUGA